UAAAGAGCUGCUGGGGCUGGGUGGUCAUGGGGGAGCCUGGCAGAGAGGAGUAUAAAAUCCAGUCUUUUGACGCAGAGACCCAGCAGCUGCUGAAGACAGCACUCAAAGAUCCAGGUGCCGUGGACUUGGACAAAGUGGCCAAUGUGAUUGUGGACCAUUCUCUGCAGGACCGUGUGUUCAGCAAGGAAGCAGGACGCAUGUGCUAUGCCAUUAUUCAGGCAGAGAGCAAGCAAGCAGGCCUGAGUGUCUUCCGGCGUGGCCUCCUCAACCGGCUGCAGCAGGAGUACCAGGCUCGGGAGCAGCUUCGGGCCCGCUCCCCACAGGGCUGGGUCUGCUAUGUCACCUUUAUCUGCAACAUCUUUGACUACUUGAGGGUGAACAACAUGCCCAUGAUGGCCCUGGUGAACCCUGUCUAUGACUGCCUCUUCCGGCUGGCCCAGCCGGACAGUCUGAGCAAGGAGGAGGAGGUGGACUGCCUGGUGCUGCAGCUGCACCGUGUUGGGGAGCAGCUGGAGAAGAUGAACAGGCAGCGAAUGGAUGAGCUCUUUGUCCUGAUUCGGGAUGGCUUCCUGCUCCUGACCGGCCUCAGCUCCCUGGCCCAGCUGCUGCUGCUGGAGAUCAUUGAGUUCCGGGCAGCCGGCUGGAAGACGACCCCAGCUGCCCACAAGUAUUACUAUAGCGAGGUCUCAGACUAGGCCUGCAGAUCGGGCUUCCUCACCAGCAGCACUGGCCUUUCUUCUACCCAGCUCCCAACCUGGCAGUGCAGCUUUGCCUCCCCCAAAGACUUUGCCCCUUCUACACUUUAAGCAGCUCCCGAGAGGUUUCCCACUUACCUGCUAGUGUGGCGCUGAGCACCUUCCCACCUCCAGGGAUUGGGGAAGACACCACACAGAUCUGCCCCUCCAGGCCCUCCCAUCACCUUCCACCUGGGCUGGGCAGAGAAGGGCAAUUUCUAACCACUGCACAUGUAACCACUGGUACACCAGUGUCUUGGUGCCUCAGUUUCCCAUCUGUAAAAUGAGUACCCAUGGCCAUUAGUGGGAUGCUUUGGAAUGUCAAGGGGCAGAGGUGCAGAGCGCACAUCACACCAGAAACUUUUAUACAUUUUGUAUAAGGACCACAUUGGAAACAGGUGUAUUUCUUCCAAUUGGUUUUAAUAGAGUGGCAGUCCUGCAGCACGUGCUACACAGUUUAGGGUGAGAAUUUUCUAAUAAACCUU